ACCCGGUUUUUUCUUCGUUCGAAGUGUCAUUACCUCGCACCGCUACAAAUUAUUAGUCGAACUAAAAAAAACAACAGCUUAAACAUGAGCUUUGCAACACAUAAAACGUUUAUAACAGAAGGUGACACAGUAAUACUUUACCUGAAUGUGAAUAAUAUGCACGCAAUUGAUGUAUUUUCUCAAAUAAAAAACAAAAGAGGAGACAUGGUGGAAUAUGUGUUCCAAACCAAUUUCGGAGCGUUGAAGGUUAAAAACUUGAUUGGUGAGCAAUAUGGUUCAAAGGUAGAGUUAUCGCGAGGAUGGUGCUUUGUUCUCCAGCCAACUCCGGAACUAUGGACACAGACACUGCCGCAUCGGACUCAAAUCAUCUACACACCCGAUGCAAGCCUGAUUCUGUUUCAGUUGGAUAUUAAACCUGGAAGCAUAGUCAUUGAAUCUGGUACUGGCAGCGGCUCACUUUCGCAUCAUUUCGUUCGUGCUGUUAAGCCUGCAGGACACUUACAUACAUUUGAUUUUCAUGAAGGCAGAACCGAACAGGCUAGAGAUGAAUUUGAAGGACACGCUUUAUCUGAUUUUGUCACAGUGUACCAUCGCGAUGUUUGUGAAUUUGGGUUUACAGACGAACUGAAUGGAUGUGCUGAUGCUGUGUUCUUAGAUCUACCUGCACCUAAAGCUGUAGUGCCGCAUGCGUUAAGGGUAUUGAAAGAUUCCGGAGGAAGAUUCUGUUCAUUUUCACCGUGUAUCGAACAGUCCCAACGUUGUUGUGAAUCAUUGGCGUUAAAUGGAUUUGUUGAGAUUCAAAGCAUGGAAAUUUUGCAGAUUGAGGAUAUUAUCAAAGUCAAACACAUACCUGUUUUGGAUUUGGAAUUUCUUAAACACAAAAAACUUGGCGAUGAUCAUAAGGCUGAUAAAGAGACCAGAAAAUAUGUUACAACAAACACUCCAUCUACCAUGCCUGGACAUACUGGCUAUCUAACAUUUGCAACAUUACCACCAUUGUUCGCACGAUAAAAUAGUUGAGGUUGAGGACAAAGAACUGUCAUUUUAAUAAAAUUUCGAAUUUCGUCUA